AAUCCCUGCUCAGCGGUUGAAACAAAUUAAUAAUGCUGGAAUAUCUUUAAAUAAAGCAUUCUUAUAAGGUAGAACAGCCACUGCCGGGAAUAGCAGAACAAUUUGUACACUGUCAUAUGGUGGACUACAGAGAGAGUUCUACUUUUCUAAGUAUUUAAGUAAUGGUUUCCAGUGAGUAAAAAAAAAAAAAAAUCUAUUGGAUGAGCCUCUGAUGGAGAAUUUUAUCUUCUCCAAUUUUAAGAUUCCUAAGAUAUCCUGUAACCACACUUUAAUUAAUGGUGGCUGAGAUGAUUUCCACAACAACAAAAUUCUUUUUCUAGCGAUGAGAGAAGCAAAGGCAAUAAGGUUAUUUUGAAUAGUUGUAGUAUGAAGGUUAUUUGGUGGUUUUCCAAAUAUAGCGAUAUGUGGAGUCGGAAUCAAUUUUAUACCCAAUAUAUCUGAAAUUAUUUUGAAGAAUUGAUGCCAAAAUUCAGACAACCUAGGGCACACCCAGGACAUAUGAGUAAGAUUGCAAGGUAUCUGUGAGCAUCUGUUACAUUUAUCAUCAAAUUUAUCUGGGUAAAAUGUUGACAGUUUUUCUUUACAGUAGUGUAAUCUGUGGAAAAUUUUAAAUUGUAUUAAUGAAAGUCUGGCACAACUACAAGACAAAUUAAUGGCCCCUACCGCUCCAUCCCACAACAACUCAGAAAAACUCAUAUGGAGUUCUGACUCCCAUUUCAUCUUGGUACUGUUUUAAAGAGAUUCACUAGGUGGAGAAGCUAGUUUUUACCCUUUAACAAGGUUUUGGCUCUGAGAACCAAGUCUAUUCCACUGGAAGUUGGGAUUUCUAGAAAUAAGGUUGAACAUUUCUUUGCAAAAUUUCGCACCUGGAAGUACUGAAUAAAAUCGGAUUUAAUGAAAUUAAAGCGAGUAACUAGUUCGUUAAAACUUGCAAAAACCUCAUUUACGUAUAGAUCAUCAGUACCAAGUCCUUUAUGUUCUAAAACAGAGAAUCUUAAAUCAAUCUUUGCUGGAACAAAUAAGUGAUUGUUGCAGAUCGGGGUUGCAAGAGGGAGGGUGAGCCAACCAAAGUGUCAAAUUUUUAAUGUUUCAGUAACAACUGGGUUGGAAGACCGGUUUAAUAGGGAUGAUUGUGAGGUAUCACAUGCUAAAGCAAGUAAUGACGAGGAACAGGAGGCUGCUUCACUCUGGCACCAAUUAGUAUAGGGAGACGUACACCACAAUAAUGUAUUAUACGUGUUAGAUGCCCAAUAACACAGCUUUAUUGCUGGAGGGAAAUGGCGAAACAAACUGAUAAGAAACUACACUGGGAAGCAAUACACUAGCACACAGAGAAGCACAUGGCCAUGAAUGAGGGAGAAUGCGACACUGAACAGAGGGAGACGCGGACAUAAAUACACACAGAUUUAACGAGGGAGGUGGGAGCACACGGGGAACACAGCUGACACAGAUAAUCAUAACGAGACAGGGCAGGAGCAACACAACAUGACACAUACUGACGGGAGACUGUCAAAGUAAAACAGGAAGUACACAGAGGCGCAGACAGGAGGAGAGAGGGAGCACAGGGAGAGCACAGACAUAACGGGCUGGGGAAAACGUGGAAUAAAACACGAGGGGAAACGAGGGCUCACAGAUACACAGAGGGGCACACAGGGGGUAAAAGUCACAAAGGGAAGUCAAAUAAGGAACAAAAUUCAAAAAUACAUGAAACUAAGAAUGCUGGGCCAACAUGGCCCAGGAUCAUGACACCUCCAGCUGAUCUUUCCCCAUAAAGAAGCGAGCGACUAGCCCUUGGACGUUUACCGGACCAAAUAAAUGAUGAAAUAGUGUCAUUUAUAGUUCUGAAAUAAUUAGACAGACAAAUGGGCAAACUUUGAAAUACAUAUAGAUAUCUAGGUAAUGCAUUCAUUUUAACAUGCAUUAACGUCUAAGGUGCACCAUCAACACUAAACACAAACAUGAAAGCAAUGUUAUGUGAUUUGAUUAUUUUCAUUUUAUGUGCACAUAAUUUCAUCUGCCAAGAUCUAGAUCACCAGGUGGGAGAAUGCCCUACAAUUAAAUGCUGAAAAUGUCGUGAUUUGGGCCAUAAGGCUAAAGACUGUCAUAAUGAAAGUGAACGCUUCCUCUGUGGUGUGAAAGGGCACACAUUCUUUAAAUGCCACAAGUCCUUUGUUAACAUACUGAAAUCCUCCAAACAACCUCGACCCUCAGACACUUUCCUUCUUUGGAGGAACCUUCCCAACCAAUGGAUGCCACUGCGACUGUCCAAGAGACAGUAGAUUACCCUUCUCCACCGAUACCGGCCUCACAGUCACUUCUGGUUUCGUUUGGAUCAGACAACCCACAAAUGGAUGAUCAAAAAACUCAAGAUGAGUUACCACUUCCCCUAUCACAAUCAAGUGAAAAAAAGACGAAAGUGAUGAAGAGCUGGAUGGUAACCUGGUCAUAGAAACAUCUUAUGGUGAGAACAAGAGUGAUAGCGAUGAGGAGGAGCUUGACAGCGAGAAUACAUCUGAUAGUAACGGAGAUAACAAAGAUCUUGGAUCCUUCCCUCUCACAGAGGCGGCCUCUCUGGCAAUUGCUGCGCUGCCUGAGGAAACGGAAGGAAAAAGGAAGACCUUCUUCAGUGGAAGUCACCCGGCCCUCGAUGAGCUUCUCAACGAGAGUAUGGGAGGAGGCAGGAAAAGGAGUGUUUCUGCCUCUAGCUGUGGAAGAGACAAGCAAAAGGACAAUAGACCAAGUCCUCCAUUUAUGUGAUCUGACGCUGGAUCCAAACACAGCACACAGGAACCUCAAACUGUCUGACGACAAGAAGGAGGUGACACACGUGAAAGAAGACCAGCUGUAUCCUCAUCAUGAUCAUAGGUUUGAUCCGUGGCCUCAGCUGCUGUGUACCAACAGUCUAAGUGGUCGCUGUUACUGGGAGGUUGAGUGGAGUGGAGAGGUUCAUGUUGCUGUAGCUUAUGGAGGAAUCAGAAGGAGAGGAGAAGAGGAUGAAAGCAGGUUUGGAAGGACUUACCAAUCCUGGAGUCUCUACUGUCGUGAUAAUACAGGUCACUAUGGAAAUCAUGAUUACAUUGGAAGAGCCAUCCCUCUUCUCCCUUCAGCUCUCUCUCACAAAGUAGCAGUGUAUGUGGACUGCUCUGCAGGAACUGUGUCCUUUUACAGCGUCUCCUCUGAUAAACUGAUCCACCUGCACACCUUCAACACCACCUUCACUGAACCUGUAUAUGCCGGGUUUAGAGUGAAGCCUGACUCUAGUAUCCACCUCUGUGCUGACUCAGAAUAAUGAACUUACUGUGGUGUUUCAUACUUUUUCGCACUUAACUAUUGUAAAUGUUAAAUCUAUCAGGCAAAUUGUCUCAUACAUUGUGCAUAUAUUAGUUUGAUUUGCAGU